CGUCCAAGAUGGCGGCGCUUGUGGGACUGCGUGCAUGUUUCUCCGCCCUUCAGCUUUCUUCGCCGAGCCUCCUGCACAGCUCCUUCAAACUGUGUGCUGUGCCUCUAAGUCGGCGGACCUUUGCUGCAGAGGCUAAGAAGACAUACAGCAGAGACAAACCCCACGUGAACAUCGGAACAAUCGGACAUGUUGAUCAUGGCAAGACAACCCUGACUGCAGCCAUCACAAAAGUUCUCGCUGAUGCUGGUGGUGCUAACUAUAAAAAGUAUGAAGACAUUGACAAUGCCCCCGAGGAGAAGGCCAGAGGAAUCACCAUCAACGCCUCUCAUGUAGAAUACACCACAGCCAACAGACAUUAUGCUCACACAGACUGUCCUGGUCAUGCUGACUAUGUCAAGAACAUGAUUACUGGUACAGCUCAGAUGGAUGGCUGCAUCCUGGUGGUGGCGGGCACCGAUGGCCAGAUGCCUCAGACACGAGAGCACCUCCUCUUGGCCAGGCAGAUAGGUGUCGAGCAUGUGGUGGUUUUCAUCAACAAGGCAGACGCCGUGGAAGAUAAGGAGAUGCUGGAGCUGGUAGAGAUCGAGAUCCGCGAGCUGCUCACGGAGUUCGGCUAUGAUGGCGAGAACACACCCGUUGUGAUUGGCUCAGCCCUCUGCGCCCUGGAGAACAGAGAGCCAGACCUUGGGGCGAAUGCAGUCAUGAAACUGCUGGACAUUGUGGAUUCUUAUGUUCCUCUUCCCAAAAGAGAGCUGGAAAAACCUUUCCUUCUCCCUGUUGAAGGGGUUUAUUCCAUCCCAGGCAGGGGUACGGUGGUGACGGGCACUUUGGAGAGGGGUGUCAUCAAGAAAGGAGACGAGUCUGAGUUUGUGGGCCACAAUCGUGCCUUCAAGUCAGUGGUUACAGGUAUUGAGAUGUUCCACAAGUCUCUGGAUCGGGCAGAAGCAGGAGAUAACCUGGGCGCUUUGAUCCGAGGACUGAAGAGAGAGGAAGUGAAGAGAGGGAUGGUGAUGUGCAAACCAGGAUCCAUCAAGCCUCACCAGAAAGUCCAAGCCCAGGUGUAUAUUCUGAGUAAAGAGGAGGGAGGCAGACACAAACCCUUUGUCUCCAACUUCAUGCCCGUCAUGUUCUCUCUGACCUGGGACAUGGCCUGCAGAGUCACUCUGCCCACUGACAAGGAAAUGGUGAUGCCAGGGGAGGACACCUCCUUGACGCUCACGCUCCGCCAGCCGAUGGUUCUGGAAAAAGGCCAGAGGUUCACUCUGAGAGACGGAAACAGAACCAUCGGCACUGGCCUGGUCACAGACAUCCUGUCGUUUACAGAUGAAGACCAGCCCAACUGGGGCUGAAUGGAAACUCUGCAUACAGGGCUGGGCAGGGGAGGGGGUGCCGAGGGGGGGCCAGGGAGGGAGAAUGAGUGGGCAUCUGUGUCUGGUCAAAUCAAAUGAUUAUAGAAACAAACACAUAAACAACAUAAACAGUACAUAAACCCAUGCAUAAACCUCAAACAGUGGAGGACUUAAAGGAGUGCAUGGCUCUGCAAUUCCACCCAACCAAAAUGUGUGUAAUGUUCAGCACUGUCUUUGUGUUAACGGGCCAGAUUGUCUAAAUUAUGUCAUUUAUGUAAUAAAAUAUAUAAAAUAUAAAAAGUCA